AUGUCGGAAAAGUCAGCUUUACCAGUCGUUCUCGGCGCAAUGACCUUUGGUCAACAAGGCAAAGAGCAGGCCAGAGUUCACGAUUACGAAACCGUCCAGGAAAUUAUCGAUAUAUUUGGCCAGCACGGACACAAGGAAAUUGAUACUGCUAGAAUGUAUGGCGGUGGUACUUCUGAAGAGUAUCUCGGACACUUGCAAGCUUCCAACAAGUACGAUUUGUCAUCCAAGAUUUUUCCAUUCGAUCAGAGCUCUAAUGCUCUCUCAGGUGGUAAAUCUAGUGUCAAACACACAGCGCAAGACAUAGAAGAGGAGAUUGACACAUCUCUCAAGAAUUUGGGUGUCAAUAAGCUCAAAAUUUGGUAUCUUCAUGCCCCAGACAGAAGUACAGACUUCUUAGACACUCUCAAAGCAUUAGAUACUCAAUACAAGGCAGGAAAGUUUGAGAAACUCGGCUUGUCUAAUUACGCUAGUUGGGAGGUCGCUGAGAUCGCGACACUUGCCCGUGUGCACAAUUUAAUUAAACCUGCUGUCUAUCAAGGUGUUUACUCUGCUAUUCAUAGAGCUGUUGAGCCUGAAUUGUUCCCUGCUUUGCGCAAAUUCGGCAUUGGAUUUUACGCUUAUAAUCCACUUGCUGGUGGUCUUCUCACAGGAGCUGUCAAGCCUGAUCAACCCGUAGAUGAAGGCAGUCGUUUUGAUGAAAAUCGUCACCAGGGUAAAAUGUACAGGGCCAGAUAUUUUAACGAAGGUUAUUUCAGGGUCUUGGACCAAUUCAGUGAAUUAGCAUCCAAGUAUUCCCUCACUCAAGCCGAAAUCGCUUUGAGAUGGUUGACUAAUCACAGUUUGCUCAAGAGAGAGCAUGGUGACACUAUCAUCAUCGGUGCAUCUUCCGUUAAGCACAUCAAAUCGAACCUCGAUGACCUAGACAAAGGACCUUUACCCGAAGAAUUGUCUGAGGCUGUUUCAGGAUUAUGGUCAUCACUCAAACCGUACGCAAAUAACUACUAUCGCUAA